AUGUCCUCUCUAACAAUCUCAGACCCCGUCCUGCCCAAGGACAGCACGGUCGUGGUCUCGGGCGCAAACGGCUUCAUAGCAUCCCACAUCGUCGACCAGCUCCUCGCCGCUGGCUACCGCGUCCGCGGCACGGUCCGCGACGCCGCAAAGUACAGUUGGCUCUCAACCUAUUUCGAAAAGGCCUACGGCCCAGGCCGCUUCACCCUCCACGCCGUGCCCGAAGUGACCAAAAACGGCGCCUUUGAUGAAGUCCUCAAGGGUGCCGACGGCGCAAUCCACACAAUCGCAAUCACGAACAUGAACCCGGACCCCAACGCCGUCGUGCCCCCCAAUGUCGACGCAACCCUCUCCAUCGCGCGUUCCGCCGCCUCAACCCCGUCCCUCAAACGCUUCGUCUACACCUCCUCCUCCGGCGCCGCCGCCAUGCCGACCCCCAAUGUCCCCUACGAAGUGAAAGCCGACACGUACAACGAGCAAGCCGUUGCCAUCGCCUACUCCGGCAAGGGGCCCGGAGGUCUUGCGGGGGGUUAUAUCGCCUACUCCGCCGCAAAGACGAAGGCCGAGCAGGCGUUGUGGAAGUGGUAUUCCGAGGAGAAGCCCGGGUUCACGUUGAACUCGAUUGUUCCCAACGCCGCUCUGGGCAGAGUCCUCCUUCCGGAGCACCAGGGCUUCCCGACCGCAGUCGGAAUCCUCAAGUCUCUCUGGCAGGGCCACGUAUCCCCUGAAUUCGUCGCCAUGUUCCCAGCCCAAUGGUUCUGCGACGUGGUCGAUAUUGCGCGCAUCCACAUCGCCGCCCUGCUCCUCCCAGACGUCCAGUCCGAACGCCUCAUCGCAUAUGCCGGCCGCUUCAACAUCAACGACAUCCUCGCCGUCUUCCGCGAAACGCAGGCUGGCCGUAGCUUCCCCGCCGACCUCCCGGAUCUUGGUGUUGACGUAGGCAAGAUCGCCAACGAGAGAGCGACGGAUUUGGUGAAGAAGCUGAGGGGAGGGGAGGGCUGGACCAGUCUCAAGGACUGCAUCGCGCCACUUGCUGAGCAAUACGCUGCCUCUGAGGCCAACUGA